ACAGUAGUAUUGCAUUGGAGCUGAACUCAAGAAGGUUGUGUAUCAGAAUGCCUGCAUGUUGGUACAUGUGCUAGUCUACAUACUCAGACAAAUUGUCAACUACCUCGCUCACAUCAACAAACCGACACGCGAGACGACUCGCAGUAUAACCACGGCUUGAAAAUCUUUAAAAUGGUAAGGGAUUGAGUGAGACAUUCCAUAGUGUAGUGAUCGUGAUCGCCGUCGUCCACAUGACAACACACUACGAUUCAUCCCUUGUAUGUUUACGCUGAUGUUAUUGUAAUUGUGGUUCAUAUUAAAUCUGAUCGCCGUCUGGUCUCUGGUUCAGUAAACUUUAGCCGAGAAAUUCCCGCUAAAUAAAACGGCUAUGUAACUGGUAACUACUCUACAAUACAUUAAUAAGUACUACUCUGUAAAAACAAUUUAAUUGCAGUCGUGCUUGGAUCCCAGCUGGAGUUUUAAAAACUUAAACAAAUGUUUAAUUAAAAUUUUUAUUGAUCAACUUUAAUAGAAUAAAGUUUAAGUGUAAAGACCCAGUGGUAAGACGCGACCUUACUAAUGUGAAAUUUAUUUCGAGUUAUGCAAUAAAUAUAAAACGGUGAAAACAAUCCAAGAGUCGGCUGUUGCUAUUGUGAAGAAGAAGAAUAAAAAAACGGUGAGCUUGAAGGCUGCUGGAUUUUUUGUCGUCAUCUUUUCGUGGCUGAGUUACCCUGAAUUGUAUGAUAGUGUCUAGAAGUAUAUAAGAUGACGAUGUACGUCUUGCAGAGCUUUCAGUGCGUUCUAUGGCGCGAGCGCAACAGAUUAAAAUAGCCUUUGAUAGUUUGGUCCGCUGAAAUCCCCAACAAAAUAAAGACUCACCAUUGUCUGGUUCAUCAUUUUAACUCUCCAAUAACUAUCAUAACAAUAAUAAACAAUAACCAGGCGACAGCGCAGUCGUCGACAAGAUUGAAUCCAACCAAAUUAAUAUAAUUGACAAAUUACCAUGGUACUUGCUACUACUCAUAAACUCGAGGAUCAGCCCAAGAUGAACCGGGAAAAAUUAAAGAACUUUUUAUUAAAACGCAUACCAAUACUCUCCUGGUUGCCCAAGUAUGACUCUGAGAAAGCCGUAAGCGACGCUAUUGCUGGGAUAACUGUCGGGCUUACUGUCAUGCCUCAAGGAUUGGCUUAUGCUACUUUAGCAGGACUGGAACCUCAGUAUGGAUUAUAUUCAGCGUUCAUGGGAGCAAUAGUUUAUGUCAUCUUCGGGUCCUGCAAGGACAUCACAAUAGGACCGACCGCGUUGAUGGCUAUUAUGACCCACGAGUAUGUCCAAGGAAAGAGUGCUGACUUUGCAGUGCUCUUGGCAUUUUUAGCUGGAUGUCUUCAGUUAGUGAUGGCGUGUCUUCAUCUCGAUGUCUUGAUUGAUUUCAUAUCGAUCCCUGUGACAGUGGGCUUUACGUCCGCGACUUCAGUUAUCAUAGUCGCGUCCCAGUUAAAAGGAAUUCUUGGAUUAAAAAUCACGUCUUCUGGAUUCAUCGAUACUCUCCACAAAGUAUUUAGUAAUAUUGGAGAUACUAACCCGUGGGACGCUGGGAUGAGUUUCAUUAGCAUAUUUUUUCUCGUGCUCUUAAGAAAAAUGAAAGACAUAAAAUGGUGCUCAAGAGUGGAAAACCCGUCAAAAGAAAGAAAGAUUCUCGCGAAAGUAAUCUGGCUGGUAUCAACAGCUAGGAAUGCUAUUGUAGUUGUUAUUUGUUCAACAAUAGCUUACAAAAUGAACUCAACAGAAUCUGGAGCUCCGUUUGUCCUCACUGGACCCGUGAAAUCAGGCCUGCCGUCCUUCAGCUUACCUCCGUUCUCAACACGGAUGAAUGACCAAAAUUUUAAUUUCAUCGACAUGUGCACUGAAUUGGGUCCGGCGAUAUUUCUCGUGCCUAUAAUUGGUGUCCUUGGAAACGUAGCCAUCGCGAAAGCUUUCGCCAAUGGAGCUAGUGUCGACGCAACGCAAGAGCUCUUGACUCUUGGCUUGUGCAAUGUUUUGGGAUCAUGUGCUAGCGCUAUGCCGGUCACGGGUUCUUUCAGCAGGUCCGCUGUUAACCAUGCCAGUGGUGUUAAAACUCCAAUGGCUGGGCUUUAUACUGGUCUUUUAAUUAUUUUAGCCCUCAGUCUACUUACUCCGUACUUUUAUUUUAUUCCCAAAGCAUCCUUAGCAGCAGUAAUUAUUUCUGCAGUGAUAUACAUGAUUGAAUACGAAGUGGUGAAACUUAUGUGGAAGUCAAGCAAAAAAGAUUUGAUCCCAAUGUUUGCAACUUUCUUCCUUUGUCUUGUUAUUGGAGUUGAGUAUGGAAUUUUAGUUGGCGUAGGAAUAAAUCUUAUGUUUUUACUGUACCCAUCAGCUCGUCCAACUAUUCAUGUAGAUAAAUGCGUUACCGAAUCUGGAACGGAUUAUCUUCUGGUGAUACCUGGCAACAGUCUCUACUUUCCUGCAGUAGACUUCAUAAAACAAUUCGUGGAUGAUGCAGGAAUACGGGAGGGCUCGAGUCAAUUGCCGGUGGUCGUCGACUGCAGAUACGUAUUAGGAGCAGACUUUACAGCUGCAAAAGGAAUUGCUGCUUUAAUCGGGGAAUUUAAUACCCGAAAGCAGGGCCUUUAUUUCUUCAAUCCCCGGUCAGAUGUUGUUGCCGUCCUUCGAGGAGCUUGUGGUGAAGAUUUUCAGCAUGUCUCGACUCACGAAGAAUUGUCGUACUUACUGUAUCGCAGUCAAGACAAAACCUCGCGACCUUUAUCCGGGACGGUAAGACGAGAGCUCUCAUGUGAAGCUUCCUCAAAUUCAAGUGUCGAAUUGACUCACCGAACAACCCACACGAAUUACCACGAGCUCAACGAGGUGAGAGCUGCUUUGUUGCCCGCAACAGUCAGCUAAAAUUGCCUUCUUCAAUACUUUAUUUUGGAUAUUAUAAUUUUUAUACUGUUCGACGCUUACACCAGUGAUCAUUAUCUUUAUGUAAAAUAAAGUAAUGAAAAAUGACAA